GCUUGUUCCAUUGUUUCCAUCCUCCUUCACUUUUUCCUUUCCGUUCUAGCAUUCAUUGGCGCAAUCAUCUCGGCCGGCACUUGUUUCUUCACUCUCUUCUUAAUCACAUAUAAUUCCUUCUCCCUCCUUGUCUCUCUGUGGAAAAGCGCACAAUCGGACCUUCGGCAGCUGUACCACUUGACCCACCUCGACUAUCCUCGACAUCUUGUACCUUGUUACUCCAGAAUCCUUGCAUUUAGAACACACCUGCUUCUUGUCCAGGGUUCUCAUUCUUCUGUCCACCUCUCAAAACGGCAAACGCGCGACACAAUGGACGACAAGAUCUCAAUCACCAUCUGCGGCGACGGCGGAUGCGGUAAAUCAUCAAUCACCCUUCGCAUCGUCCGCUCGGCCUGGACUCACGACUACGAUCCCACAAUCGAAGACUCCUACUCUGUAACCCGCACAAUCAACGGCCAAACCUACUCUCUGCACCUCACCGAUACCGCCGGACAAGAAGAAUAUCGUGGCAUGUGGUCGGCCGCAAACUUGACCUCUGACGCCUUUCUCCUCGUCUACGACAUCACCAACGCCCAAUCGUUGCAGAAUCUGGACUUCUUUGCAGAGCUGAUUGAGAUGGAGAAGGAGAACAGACAAGAGCAGGGAAGAUGCUGGCCCGCCAUCAUGGUCGCCGGGAACAAGUGCGAUCUGCAGGGCCAGAGACAAGUCGGUGCUGCCGAGGGUUUGGAAUGGGCAAAGAGCAGAGGGUGCGGUUUCAUGGAGACUUCUGCUCGUGAGGUCGUGAAUAUUGAGGAGACUUUUGCUUCAAUCGUUAAGCGCGUAGUUGAGGCCAGAGAACAACACGCAGCAGGCAUGCGUCCAGACUUCCCUUCGCUGAUCAACCCGACACCUCACAACCAACGCGCAUCCGCACUACCCGAAACACAACAAUCUGCGCCUGCACCAAACAUCACUAGCGACGCCGAGAAGCAGCGCUACUCGCAAUCCGAAUCCACAGCCACUUCACCGCAAAACAAAAAGAAGAAAUCCGGUUUCUUCUCCAGCUUGAAGUGCUGGUAACCCUUCUAUCUUCGACGAGUGAGACGACAAUUUCUUUUCAUCUCGAGCGGUACUCUGUUGUUGCAUCUCAACUCGUGCGAGAUGCUCUGUGGAAGAGAGAGCAUCGAAUGUGAAUUCCACGGCUGGCGAUAUCCAAUCUCUUUGUGUUUGUUUCUUGCCCUGUUCUCUUUUUCUCAUCACUUCUCUGUUACGUUACAAUACCCCUUUUCUCGUUUUUGAUAUCCUGUACAAUCAGAUGCCACACCAUUUUGUUCCCUUUUAAUUUUGCGAAUAGGGGUCCCAAUCAUGUUGUCUUGUCAUUCCACUUUCAGAAAUCGACGUCUAAUAUUGUCACUACAGCCUCCUAUGUGUCUAAUAUCAAUCUUGUCCGCAC